UUAGACAUUUGAUGUUUCUCCAGGCAUUUCAGUGAUCUCCUAGUAAAUAAACAAACGUGAAGCUUCCGCCAGUUCUUUUUCCUCUUUACAAACACAGAAACCACUUCCUGGAGAUUAGUCGCUGAGUCAAGUUUAGUAGGUCGAGGGGAAUUACUGAUCAGGCUAUUUUACCUUCAUAUUGAAUUUUUGUGAAUAUGCUUGUCGUCAUUCUGAUUUAAAAAUAAGACAAUACCUCCGUGAAUCAUGCUGUUGGUGAUCUAAACAUUGUUUCCCUAUAAAAGGGUGGCCACCAGACGGUAGAGAAAGAAGGGAUUUCCUUAAGGCAAAAGCAGUGAAAACGCCGAGUGCAGAGCACUUCAGAAUGAAGCACCUCGCCAUCCUUGUGCUGCUGGGUCUACCCAUCUGCACAGCGCAUCCUCUGCACGGGCCGGAGAAGGACGAGGAGCAGAAGAACAUGGCUCUUGCUCAGCGCUAUCUGGAAAGCUACUACAAUCUUGGGAAAGAGGAAAAACAAAUUUUUAGAAGAAAGGACAGUAGUCUUGUCAAAAGAAUCCAAGAAAUGCAGCAGUUCCUGGGGUUGGAGGUGACCGGGCAGCUGGACUCCCCCACCAUGAGGAUGAUGGGCAGGCCCAGGUGCGGCGUUCCCGACGUGGGCCACUUCACGACCUUUCCCGGCACCCCAAAGUGGGAGAAACAUCACCUUACCUACAGGAUCGUGAAUUACACGCCCGAUUUGCCAAGACACGCAGUGGAUUCUGCCAUCGCGAAGGCGCUGAGCGUCUGGGCCGAGGUGACUCCACUCACGUUCUCCAGGAAGGACGAGGGAGAGGCUGACAUCAUGAUAUCCUUUGCCGUUGGAGAACAUGGGGAUUUUUACCCUUUUGAUGGACCAGGAAAUAGUUUGGCUCAUGCUUAUCCACCUGGGCCUGGCUUUUAUGGAGAUGUUCACUUUGAUGAUGAUGAAAAAUGGACAGAGAAUGAAUCAGGGGCCAACUUAUUCCUAGUUGCUGCUCAUGAAGUCGGACACUCCCUGGGCCUCUUCCACUCAGCUAACCGGGACGCUUUGAUGUUCCCUGUCUACCAGUCCUUCAGAGACCUGGCCCAGCUCCGCCUCUCCCAAGAUGAUAUUGAUGGCAUUCAGUCUCUCUAUGGGCCUCCUCCUGCCCCCUCCCCGUCAGUCCCUGUGGUGCCCAUGGACUAUGCGCCUCCAAGCCAGGGGGCACCCGCCAAGUGUGACCCCGCCCUGUCCUUCGAUGCCGUCAGCACCCUCAGGGGAGAACUCCUGUUCUUUAAAGACAGAUACUUUUGGCGCAGAUCCCGCUGGAGUCUCCAGCCUCAGUUUCUCUUGAUUUCUGCGUUUUGGCCCUCUCUUCCAUCAGAGUUGGAUGCGGCCUAUGAAGUUAUCAGCAAGGAUACGGUCUUCAUUUUUAAAGGAACUAAGUUCUGGGCAGUAAGAGGAACUGAUUUACAAGCAGGUUACCCAAGAGACAUCCACAUUCUGGGAUUUCCCCCAAGUGUAAAGAAAAUUGAUGCAGCUGUUUCUGAUAAAGAAACGCAAAAAACAUACUUCUUCGUAAAACACGAAUACUGGAGAUUUGAUGAAAAGAAUCAAACCAUGGAGCGAGGCUUCCCCAGACGAAUAGCUGAUGGCUUUCCGGGAGUCGGGUCCAAGGUCGACGCUGUGUUACAGGCAUUUGGGUUUUUCUAUUUCUUCAGCGGAUCAUCACAGUUUGAGUUUGACCCUAACGCCAGGAGGGUGACCCAUACAUUGAAGAGUAACAACUGGUUACUCUGUUGAGCUAAGACAGACAUGGAUAUUUUCAAUGAA